UGUAGGGCAUGUCGGUAGGUUCAAAUAGGAUCUGUGGAGGAGCUGUCCUCGGAAAGUCAACGUGUGUAACGCCACGCAUGUUUGUUUGACGUUAAAUACCAACCAUUGUAUUUCGUUUACAAUGAGAAUCGUCAUAGGAGGUGGAUCUGGUUUUGUGGGGCGUGAGUUAACCCGCAUACUCCGAUCCAAAGGCCAUGAAGUCACUCUGAUCUCCCGCAAUCCGGGCCCUGAUAGGAUAACAUGGGGUGAGUUGGAGUCAUCCGGUCUCCCACCAUGUGAGGGCGCUGUCAAUCUAGCAGGAGAGAAUCUUAUGAACCCACUACGAUGGUGGAAUGAAAGCUAUAAGAAGGAUUUGUAUACAAGUCGCAUUGACAGCACAAAAUCUCUGGCUGAUGCAAUCGCAGCAUCCCCAAAUCCCCCACAUUCGUGGGUCCUGGUGUCAGGAGUAGCUUGCUACAAGCCGAGCCUGACGGCAGAAUACUCGGAGGACAGCGAGUGGAUGCCAUUCGAUUUCCUUUCCAGGCUGGUGAAAGAGUGGGAGACUGCGGCACUACUGCCAGAAAGUUUGACAAAGACCACCAAGCAAGUGGUCAUCAGGCCUGGGGCAGUAUUGGGGCGUGAUGGUGGCGCCAUGAAGCAGAUGCUUCUUCCUUUCUGGCUGGGCCUAGGUGGUACUCUGGGCUCUGGCCGGCAACCCUUCCCAUGGAUCCACGUGUCGGACCUGGCUGGCAUCAUAGCCCAAUCACUGGAGCCACCACCCUCCUCAGACCCGCCCGCCGGCGCGCCACCCUCCACUCCCCUGGUCCUCAAUGGGGUAGCGCCGACCCUCAACACCAACUAUGAAUUCACCAAGGAGUUGGGACGGCUGCUGAGUCGUCCCACCAUCUUCCCUGUGCCCGCCUUCGUCCUCAACACUCUGCUGGGCUCAGAGAGAGCUGUUGUACUUGCCCAGGGCCAGAAGGUGGUACCUAAAAGGACUCUGGAAACCGGGUUCCAGUACAAGUACCCAGACUUGACAUCUGCCCUCAAAGAAAUUGUGGGAAGUUAAAAAUAAAAACUACUUCAUGAAAAAUCUCAGUCCACCAGUGGGAGGGAUUGUAUUCACAUAAAAAGAACUAGAAUUGAAACUACUGCAAGAAUUAUGGCAAAGCCAAAUUCUUAAGCUUGAUUGGUUCCACUGAUGCGGAAUCUGCAGUUUACAUUUGUUCAUGCUAAAUGAAAUGAUUAAAAAACAAUUAUAUUAUUGGA